GGAAGUUCGCGAGAGAGUUCGUGUGUGGAUAAGAAAUCAAAUGAAAGUCCACUAGUCGAUAAGAACAACCAAGAGAUAUUGGAGGAAACAGGAAGCCCAUCAACUGAAACGAAAUUCAGAAGUGGUCUUUUCAAUAUCGUAAAGUCAAAUAAGUAAGUAUUCUCAUGUCCAGGAAUUUACGCAUGCAGUUGUUAUCAUGUUUUAUAAAUUAACAUGUAUAUAACGUGUGCUCUGAUUGGUCGAAACCCGUGUUUGGAUCGGGCCAUCCAAACACGGCCAUCCAAACACGGCCAUCCAAACACGGAAAUUUAGUAGACUAUAUCGUGUUGUUGUUAUUUUAUCGGCUCAUGAUUUCGCGCGCUUUUCUUAACUCUCGCAACAUUCCCGCGUGUUUAGAUCAGGCCAUCCAAACACGGAAACCAUAAAGUAAUUGUAUAGUCUUUGCCGAUGUCCUUGACACAAUAGGGCCAUUUAUACGGGACAAAAUAAGACGCGACUUACACAAGACGCGACUUAAAUAAGACGCGAGUUUGUCGUAUAAAAGGUACAAAAUUCUUAUGUAAGACGCGUCUUGGAUAAGACGCGUCUUACAUAAGAACAGGACUUUUAGCUGUUCUUAUUUAAGUCGCGUCUUAAAUAAGAAAUUUUGGACAAAAAUUCUAACUACACAUGCCCGAAACUUGAAACAACGUAAAAUUAUUAGCCUUGUAUAUUAAAACAAAAACAACCGAAACAACAACAUAGCUAUAGAAAGUACAAAUAAGAAUAAAUCCGUAGAGAACCAUUUAUGCGAUAACUCCGCUUAUAUAAGACGCGUCUUAUGUAAGACGCGACUUAUUUUGUCCCGUAUAAAUGGCCCUAAUGCAUGCAUUUGAGGUAUAAAAGCUUGAAAGAACAAAAACAUAGUUGAGACUGAUGAGAAGUGAUCUAAAAUAAUAUUAUACCUCAAAUUCAAAGCUUGUGACACGUGAGCAUGAAAUUUAUCAUCGAAUCGCGCCUUACGUCAUCGUAUUUGACGUAAGCGGGUGACUUGAAUCAUGAUCAUAUCACAUGGCGAUUUGCUCACGUCAUCCGGGUGACAUGAUUCGCAUAAACCACGGGCGGCGAUCACGCAGACAAGAUGGCCGACAAAAAUAUACUAAGGAGUGAUGUUUAUUAAGUUUUUAAAAAAUUUGAAAAAUGUUAUCAUCAAUAUUCUAAACGAUAUGUGAUUCGAAAGAAAAGUGACAAAUACUUAAAUGUUAUACAAAUAUGCGUUAAUCAAAAAAUAAAACAUCGUAUUCGCGAAGGUGUGUUGCAAGUUUUAUAUUCUCAACUUGGAGGCCUUUAAUUUUCGGUAUAAUAUAUCAUUUAUAGACACUUAAUGGAUACGGCGAAAUAUUACCCUCAAUGAUGAUGUUUUCCUCGGGGUAUCAUCUGCAUGCACUUCGGGAAAUAUUUAGUCGCCGAAUUCCCCUCGCUCCAGGUCUAUAUAAAUGAUAAAUGUUCUCCGCGGUUUUUACAAAUACACGAAAUCCGGUUUUUUAUGAAGCUGCUAUAUAUACUCUUCACAUGAUCUUGUAGUCAUACUUUGAUUGGAAAAUGAAGCUGCCAAUGUUUGUGUGAAAAGGAAAUAAGCAAAUUAUAGUAGAACACAUCGACAGAUCUAAAAGAUUGAAGGUCGUGUCAUAUUUGUACUCGUGAUGUUGGUUCAGAAUUAUAUAAUUAUUAUAAUUGAGUUCAUACUACUCAGUUCCUUUUUAUGUGAGUAUCCUCGUCUCAGGCACUUCUAUCAACUUCUGUCCCGGUGACUGAAUAUCUGGUCGAUCAUUUUUCUGCACUCUUCUCGCCCAUUUAUUUCUGGCGCUCUCGAUUUCGUCCGUACUUAGUGGAUCGUUUCUUCGCUUUCCUUGCUUCGGAACGACAGUUACGACAGUCCAUGCUGUGAGACGUAAAGUUCUCCAAUAUGAACUUUGAUCGAGUAGAUCAAAUCAUUCACCCGUUUCUCGCUCAUUACAGAAGAAGAUUGAUUCUGUGUCUUUGUGCUUAUGAUUUGUUUCUUUGUUGUUAAGGCCACUGAUCAUGGUCUUAACUGAGAAGCCAGUUUGCUCCUGUAAACAUUCAUGGCUCUCAAGCUCAUGGCUCUCUGUGAUCGCGCCCCUGCAUGUGUGCUUCUUAAAUCUGCAAGGUUUAUCUUUGUUGGGCAGUUUUCACAAAUAAUGUUUACUUCGUCGGUUAUCUCCACUAUUUUCUUUACCCUGUUAGCUACGAACACCUUCCAAACUUUGCCCGUAUUGUUUACAACGCCCAUAUCCUCUCCACAACAGCGAUAGCUACUGAACAACAAGCUAAAGUAUACUUACAUCUGCAAAGACGUGAAGGUGAAUUGCUUCCAUUCUCCUGAAUGAGGAGAAACUUCCGCAUCCCAGCCUUUCGUCUUGUCGCACACAUCGCGAUAUUCUUUUCCUUCUGCUAUUGUUCGAAGGAUUAUUCCAAGCGGGUCGACGUCGUGUAUAUGCAUGCUUAAUUCUUAGAUGACUUCCGUCUUUCUUUCUUGUGAUAUUCUCUGUAAAUUCAUUCAGAAUUUCGUUGUUGGUGUCUCCUCAAUCCUCGACUUCUAAGACGUUUAAGCUAUACUGUCUCUCACAGUCACUUGUCUUUCUAGCGAACAUGCACUGAUUGUCAGUGUAGUCAUCGCCUCCAUGGAUUUCUCAUCCAAAGCCAGUUUCUUCAACAAACUAAAUGAUUUGACUAAAAAUCUCGUCGCGCAAAAGUAGCCUAGUUUUAUAAACGACUAUAGUAUUUGAACGUAAAACGACUUGAUAGUAUUUUAACAUUUAAACCUAUAAACGCAUUUACAGCUAUUUAGCACUGCAUGCUCAUGCCAAGUUUGACUGCAAGACUCUGCAAUGACACAAUAAGAAUUUUUCAGAUAAAGGCGUAUAUCGCGUGAUGUUCGAGCACAGGACAAAUAUUUGCUUAUCUAUAAUAUUCGUGUAGACGUGGUUUGAGAGUCUUGGAGCGAUCUGCGAGUUCUUCGUGCAAGGGCUGGAAAACGGGCUUCAUAUGAGAAUCGAUAAAUCUUGUCAGUUAUACCGCUUAAUUAAAUUAAUAACAAUUUCCUUUUGUUUGCUCGUGAAUUAUUAACACGUUUUGAGAACGACGGUAUAUAGCCUAUAGUCAUUCCGUUCUUGUUCAUUUAGCAUUACUAUUAAUGAGGAAGGCGGAUGUUUUCAUGUCCCCGUAGCGAGUGCCUUCUUUUUAUUUCCACCAAACGCUGUUGAGGAGGAAAUAACUCUAAUGUGUAGCCGAUUGAAACUGAAAUAUAAAGAAUGUGAAGUGAAACCAAGAGACGGGGAAGUAUUCGUGAGCCGGAUCUUGAAAAUUGAACCAGAAGGUGUGAAGUUUAAGAAACCUGUAACAGUUCUUCUAUCCCACUCGCUCUACGAGGACCAGGAUUUUCUGUAUUUUUAUGAGUUGAUCGUUGAAAGUUUAAGCCCGACUGGAUGGCAGGAGUUAAAGACAGAACGAAUAAGCUCCAUUAAAGGUAUUGGUCAGUUUCAAACCAUGUUGUUAGAGUAAUUGGCAAAACUUUCAUGAGUCAUUACUUAAAUUUCCCGUUAAGUUAUAUGCAAAUAAGCCCCCUUCCUGAUGAUAACAUCGCCUUUUUGAGAGAAAAAUUUAUUAAGUCGUCCUUCCUUUAACGACAAAAAAUUAUAAUCUGUAAUGAUUUUCUACGUUUCGGCGAAAUCAACCCCUCUCUUCUGCGUUAAUCUUCCUUUCUCUUCUCUGAAAUUAUUGAUUAUUUAUUUUUUAGAUGUUCCAAAAGAAAUACCGAAUAAAAAGAUCUUAGAUGAUUACUUGCCGUUUGCCAAAGCGACCAUACACGAAACUUAUACCUUAGUUGCUGCAACACGAGUCAGGUCUGAUCAGAUUUUGAUACCAACAAACGAACGUUAUACCUUUUCCAAGCAAUAUGGAGACAAAACAGAACUGAAUAUUACAUUUCCGGCUGGUGUAACUGAGAAGACACUAAUUUUAGCAGUCCAGGUAACAUUUUUCUGCGGUGCACUGUGGUUAACGUGUAACGUAAGAGUUAAUGUAUUUAGUAUUGAGUGUUGCCCUUCAAGUUGAAGUGUAGGUUGCGAUGGACACUAUAUAUACACGAGUGUGGUUGAAGGAUCCAACUACCUGACAAAUAUAAAAAUUACUGCAAACUUUCUAUGCUUUUUGUAGGUAAAGUCGAACCUUUGCUUACAGACACCAUACUGAUACGGACAUUUUGCUCUUUCCUAUUGGUGUCAGUAUAUAUUAGUGAGGUUCAACUGCAGUUAUAUGUACUUCAACCAACCAAGUUGUUAUUAGCAACUUACUUGUUUGCAACUUACUUGACAACCUUUGAUUAAGUGUAAGAAGAACUUAAAAUAGACAAAUUGCUAGCAAGUGGGAUGCUAAAAUUGUGCGUGCCUAUAUAAAAGAACAUGGACGGCUGCGUGCCGAUGGUGCAGUAUAACAUACACAGAAGAAGAACAUUGAAAAAUACACAAUGUAGCGAACAAGAUUUCUUAUACUCCUGUGUAAAUUUUACACCUUUUAGUUGUUUCCUGCUCGUGCUGUCCUAAACAGAGAUAUACGUUCAGAUAAAAAUCUUGUUUGUGUGCCGAUAAUUAAAGUUUCUGGUCAGAAGACUCCAUUCUUCAAAGCAGUUGAUAUCGAGCUUAUAUACUCUCACAGCGACGUGAGUAGUAUCGAAGAAGAAUUUUUACCAGUUGGAAAAAGGGUCAAGUUUACAACUGAGUAUGGGCUGUUGCUACGUAGCCACAGGGAGACCGAAUCGAAGUCGAACUGGCAAGCAUUAAAUGAAAGUAACGAUGUUUAUAUUGAGCGAUCAAGAAAGGAUCAGCUUAAGUUCGCAUUUUCAGUGGAACAUUUUUGCUAGUAAGUGAUUAUGUAGGAUUUUCUAGUAAGUAGUUAUACUGUACAUUGUUCAAUCACAAAGGAAAGAAUUACAGACGGAAAGAAUGUCGAUUUUCCACAUUUGGCGUUUGUAACUAUUUUUGUAUAUAUUGCAUUGUUAAACCAAACGAAUUAGGGGUUAUUUAAGCCAUAUUUAGCGAGGUUCUUUUAGAGAAGGAGCUAAAUUUUAAAUAGAGAGGGGCGUAUUGAUUUUUGUUCAACGCUGUAAUUUUUCAUGUGUAAUUAAGAAAUGCAGUAAAUUAAAGUGAACUCAAAGCCAAGUAAUAUAUCUAAUUAACAACUGCACGUUUUAUUAGUGUUCAAGGGCGAGAAGAGAGAGAUAUUACAGAGGUUCUGAUUUGACUUCCGCUACCGUUAAGGGCCAUUAGCCAAUCAGAUGUAUUGAUAUAUCCAAUUAACCAAUCAGAUACGUUCUAAGCCAAUGAGUGGUAGCGGUGGUGGAAGUCAAAUCUAAAGAAAGAUGGGACUUAGUGGAGAAAAUACGUAUAAAAAUGAACCGUGACAAUUGUUGAAUGAGGUUAGCAUGAUAAGACCAUUAAUCAAGUCCAAUGUUUGUAUUAUAAUUGGAGACGGGAAAAUAAAUAAAUAAUUCAUAAAUGGAAAGAGAAAAGUGGAGACUAUACGAUUUAUAUGAUUCAUUGAGAAAUCAAGCAGCAACAUUUUCUUGUCUUUUAGUAUUCUGUCGUUUGUGAAGAGGAUUAUCGGUAGCAUUUUGCCACUGUGGAGCAGUGGUAUGGUGGAAACGAACAAUCCAGCUUGUCAUUCCGCGAUUGCUUUGGCUGUGCACAAAACCGAUAGCAGCCCAAAGACACUUCGAGCUGUGUUGGCGCCUGCGGUAGCGUUAAGUGAUGUUAAAACCUCUUGGAAUGCAGAAACUGAUAAAAUCCGCAAAUUCGACGAACCUCUCAAAUCAAAAGAACCGAUAUACUUCUGUGUUCCACUGUCAGACAGCCAUCAUCUGCCCCUAAAGGAUCAUACUUUGAGGUAAAUUCACUGGUAUAGUAUUAUUAGUAAUGCUGUGCUGAGUGGUUAUAUUAUACUACCUUAAAAAAUAAGCAGAAACUCGACGUUUCGAGCGAAGGCCCUUCGCCAUCGAAACGUCGAGUUUCUGCUUAUUUUUUAAGGUAGUAAUAUAACCACUCAGCACAGCAUUUCUACAUUGGUACUACCUACACUGGUACAGACAGUUUUUAGUAUUAUUAGUAGCCUGCGUAAUACUGUCAGACGAUAAUGAUGAUCGUCAAGUAAAUCAGUUGAAAUUUAAUGAUAUAGUUGUUUUGUUUUGUAGAAAACACCACGCCAAACAAAAAUUACAUUUUAUUGUUUAUUUGUUUUGCCAAGUUUUUGAUCCGCGCAAUGGAUAAUGAAGUAUAUCUGGCCGGAUAGGUAAAGAUAGGCCAUCAUUCCUUGCAGCCAAUAACUAAAUUGUGAUACAGAAUCGCGUUAAUAAACGUGGUGUUUCUACAAGAAAAAAACAACGAAGCUAUUUAUUGCCACGCAAACAUUCAACGAAUUUAUGAUGGAAAAAUCCUGGCAUGCUUAUAAACUAACUCGGCAAAGCCACAUGUUUUUUUGUGGGGGUUUUUUUGGGGGGUUGGGGAGGUAAUGAGAUGACUUGCGAGGUUACGUAUCGGCCCAUUUACACGAUACGACUAGACGAUUCUUAUCCUUGUAAUGCGUGUAAAGAUGUGACAUUUCAAAUUUCGCCACGAACUGGUGAACAGGAAUAGUGACGUCAGUAGAAUGACAAUCAUUACAGCUAGUUCUAUGGUGUAAAUGGGCCCUAUAAGCUCUAACUUCUGUAUAAUGGCUGUACAUCCCUGGUAUUUGGCGUUGCCUUUUUACUUAGGUUUGAUCCAGAUCCUGUGUUCCCAUUGGUACUAGAUAACAACACAGAUGAUAAUCUUAAUGGCAAAUACAUGCAUUUCUUAACGGAUAGAGACUGCAAUAAUGGCGAAAAUCAUAGUACACAAGGAGAUUGUCAUGCGAAGGCACCAAUCCAUAUUUCUGAGACGAGAUCAGUUCAGGUUGGUCGACAUACUGCGAUUGUUUAUCCUUAAACAAAACACGUUGCAUGCUAAUAGCUAAUGUUGCAAAAUUGUCGAAUUUUGAAGUAAACACCCAACGAAAAUAAGUUAAUGAUACGGUAACUAACGUUGUAACCAACACAGCCGCUGGAAGGGCAGUUGAUAUCCUAUACGUUGUAUAUGUAAAAAUGUGUAGAUCUUAAGUAAUUACAGUCUACACCAGCCUCGUACCCAGGCGCUAAAAAUGGGCACACUACAGUGUUUUUAUAUAGAUCAGUGGCUUGAGCGCGCGGGGGUUGCGUCCUCCCCAAGCACCCCCGCGCGCUCGCUCAUCUUAGCCACUGAUCUAUAUAAAAGUACUGUAGUGUGCCUAUUUUUAGUUAAUUGCGCCUGGGUACGAGGCUGAGUCUACACGCUGAGAGGGAAGGAUGGGUGUUGUUACUGUGCAACGUAGCAAGUAAAGAAACGCAACAAACGUAAAAUUUCAGUUACCCAAUUUACCCUUCCAGAUAGUAUGCCCUGAUGAUAGUACGUCACUUUGGCUAUAGCGCCUUGUUUUCAUGUAUGUAUUAAGGUCCAAAGUCUCAUCACGAAAGCGAGGCUCUUCAGCUAAGGUGAUACAUCUGCUUUUUGGAAAGGUGUAUUAAUGAAUCUUUAUAGCAGACAAUCAAAUGGCCAGAACAUUUACGUAUAACCACUAUAUUGAUGUCAUUCAUACAAUGAGUAAAUCAGUAUUUGUCGUCUUCAUUCAUCUUCAUGGAUGGCGAUGUUGUGUUUGCACCAAAAAACCCGAUAUAUAUUGUGUCGACCUCGGCCAGCAAAUUAAGUCAAGUAUCAUGCAUAAAUUGUACAAUGGGCUAAUUACGUAUUUUGUUUUCUCAGUCCAGCAGAGCAAGACGAACGUUUGACAAUUUCUCAUUCAGCAGUUUUUGUCCAAAUUGUAUCAAAAUUUAAUCUUUGGCCUAAUACCAAUGGCCCUAUAAGUUUUCGUAUUAAUAUGUUUGAUAUUUUUGAGUUAUCGUGCUAACACGAAGAGUUGAAUAUUUGUAUCAACUUCUUUACAUUUUAAUUGAAUUGGUGCCGUAAGUCACAUUGAAAUACUCCGUGACUUGCGUUUAAUUCAAUGUUUGAUUUUUGGAUUUGUUCUAUAGGCAAGAGAAUGUCAUGAACUCGUGCUUGGUAGUGAAUCACCGCAAGGUAGGUUAUGCCGAUUUUCCACUGGGCGAAUUGAUUCUACAUUUUGUGGAGAAUGGUGCAGCAUGGUGUUAACCAAUCGCAUUGUUGACUUGGAAAAUAUACAAAAAUACAUAAUAGGGAUUUAAGAAGGUAGUGAAAACUGGUUUUAAUCUGCGCUUUGCAAAGUAAUAUGUUAUCGUGCGAGUAUAAGUGCGGCCAACCUUGGUGGUAACAAUGAAUUAUUGACCAAAAAGUAUCCCACGAAGCGCUGUGCAUUCCAAAAGUCCUCCGUAUUAAAACUUGCGUGACGUAAGCACUUCUAAGGUCGCUAUUUAGAUCAAUAUUGGACAAGUAUGAAUUAUACAUACAAAAGCAAGAAAUUAUAAGUAUUGAAGGUAUUCAUAUAAAAUUACCCAUUUUAGCUGACUUUUGAUUUUCUGCAAGGUGUUUGAUAUCCAAAUUGCACUAGUCCUGCCUGCUGAACAGGCGUCUUAGGGGCUGUUUACAUGAUGGAAGGCGGGAUGAUUUUGAAGUAUUGAAAUAAGUCACCAGGCUAAACGAAAGUUCAAAUGCUGGUUAACAGAACUGUAGAGAAGAUCUUGUAGUUCAAGAAGAUUAUUAUUGCUGCUUGAACCAUUCGUUUAACUAUAAUCUAUCUCUAGAAAAUAAUGAAGUUUUUUGCUGAAUCGUUCACUGUGACUUAUUUCAAUACAUCGAAAUCAUCCCGCCUCACAUCUCGUCCUGGCAAAGCGAGAUCGUGUAAACUAAACAGCCCCUUAUUCAGCAAAUUGCACAUACUGCCUUUGAUCCCUUGGGGGCCAGGCAGCUCUUUCCUUGCGAUAGUAAUUUCUAGUUUAAAGGUUUAUACUUGAUACGCACUUGGUACUGUAUACAAUGGCAUAGGAAGACCGUAUGUUUUUAUGGGGGAGGUUGUUCCUCGAUUACAGACACAUGUUUGUAAGACUUUAUUAGACUAUUUUACUAUGUAAUCGACAGUCAUUUAUAAACACGAAAGCUUUAAUGAGCAGGAUCUCUGUCUUUCUGACCAAUUGUAGAAUGGAGGAAGGCAGUCCCACUUCUGUAUCUGUUCUUGAGCAUUCGCUUUGAUUGCACCCAUUUAGUAACAUAUUUCCUAAUGAUUUUGAGGAGGCGUGCUUAUCUCCCAUACAUAAAUGGAAUAGUAAUUUAGAAUGUGGUAAUUACAGACCAAGAUUAUAUAAAGCAUAUAAGAAAAAAACAUACUCGGAAUAAUUAUGCCAUCUUGUAAACUGAAGAUAUGAGUUAUUUAAAGAAAACAAGACCCAAAUUAUGUUGGGGGAUAUUUUGACUCUAUUUCAGUUUUGGUUUGACAAUGAUCCUGAAAUAGAGUCGAAAUAUCAACAUCAUAAUUUGUGGCUUAUUUUCUUUAAAUAACUCAUAUCUUGAGUUGACAAGAUGGCUAAAUUAUUUUGGAGUAUGUUCUUAUAUUUCUUAAAUUUGUCUGCUGGUGAAGGAAUAAAUAUAAAGCAUUUUGUUCAAGUGCAUAGGCAUAAGGGGACUUGCACAGUCCCUAUUGUCCCCCUUUGGUAACAAUGAUAGAAACGUUUUUCCACUUAUAUAUUUCAGAUUCCACGCCCUCAUUUGAACAAAAAAUAAUAUCUAUCAACGACCUUAGUGUUGAUGCAUGUCGUGUUGGGCGUGUGACUAGCGUCACUCCAUACGGGGCCUAUGUUGACAUUGGAGUACGAGGCCGCGAAGGACUGUUAUGCGAAGGACUGUUACACAAGUCUGAGUUUCCAUCUUCCAAAGAUUUAGAAACUGGAGAUACGUAUUCUGUGGUUUGUACAGAUGUGAAUAAGACAGGAAAUCUAAUAGGACUUCGUUUGAAAUAACUACACUAUUUCCAUCACCCUAAUAAGUGGACUUUUUAUCACUAUAUGCAGCCUAGACCUUGCCUAGACCAAGGCCUGGGACCCAGGCAAUUUGAGAGCGGAGCGGAGGAAGGACGAAAGCUAACCUCGUACCCAGAGCUCUGGCCUUCAUUAUUAUGUGACGUCAUACUAAACGUUAGCCCAAAAUUGACCAUAACUGCCAAAGCCAGUCGAGUAGAGUAGAGGGUCUAGGCUGCACUGUACGUAGAUUUUAGGGUGCACUAUCGUGAGCUAACUAACCCAACAAUAAAAAGUACAUGAAGUAAAGUCUAACCAAGAUUUUUGCAAAAGUGAUCAAAAUUGCUUAAAAAGUAAAGGUAACCCGUAUUUAUCUUUUUCUAUUUUUGGCCACAUUUAAGGUAAUUCCGCAGUAAUUGUUCCCGAAAUGAGAAUGUGCUGAAACUUUCCAGGCAUGGAG